AUGGAUAGAAAAGCAGCUUCGAGGAAAUCAAGCGACAACUACCUGUUCUCUCCCGGAUCUAUUGAAAUCUUGAAAGAAGAAGAGCUUCUGCAUUUUCAAGAGCAUUGGGCAAAAGGCGAACCAGUAAUCGUUAGGGACACUCUAGAAAACAUACAUGGUUUAAGCUGGGAAUCAGACGUCGACAUCAGUGCACGUGACUUCUUUGAUGACUGGCCUCCUUCUAAUAAAUUUGAAGAUCUUUUGCCUCGUCACUGCGACGAGUUCAUAUCUGCGUUACCUUUCCACGAAUAUAGCAAUCCAAGAACUGGAAUUCUUAACAUUGCAACAAAGCUUCCUGAUGAACUUCUCAAAGUAGAUAUGGGUUCCAAAACUUACAUUGCCUAUGGGAUUCCAGAUGAGCUAGGAAGAGGCGAUUCUGUAACUAAGCUUCACUGUGAUAUGUCAGACGCGGUUAAUAUACUGACUCAUACAACUAAAGUAACUCUAAGUAAAGAACAAAAAUAUGUGGUUCAAAAUCUGAAACGUAGACACAAGGACCAGGAUGAGCUUGAAGGUAACGUUAUAAUUGGGUGUUGCAGCCAAGAAAAGGAAAAUGAACCCGCCGUGGCAGAGAUUCUGAGCUCUCUAAAAAAGAUACACAAGGACCGGAAUAUGCUUGAAGAUAACGGUAUUAUUGGGUGUUGUAGCCAAGAAGAGGAAGAAGAACCCAACAUAGCAGAGAUUCUGAGCUAUGAAAGUGAACAAAAUUAUGAAAAAACAGGAAGUGCUAAAUGGGACAUAUUUAGGAGAGAAGAUGUUUAUCAUCCGAUACAUGACCAAUCAUGCUAUUUGACCAUUGAGCAUAAAAGAAAACUCAAGGCUGAAUUUGGAAUCGAGCCAUGGAUAUUUUUGCAAAAUCUAGGAGAAGCAGUGUUUAUUCCCGCGGGUUGUCCUCAUCAAGUUCGGAAUCUAAAGAAAGGUCGGAUGAUAGAGAGAACGGGUGGAGGUCUAAGUACAACUCAUUCUCAAACCAUAUGGUUGUUAGACUACUUACCAAGCCUUGAGUUUUUUGGUGAUCUGACCAGAAAUGCUAAGUCGUGCACAAAAUUGGCAGUUGACUUUGUAUCACCAGAGAACAUCCAUGAGUGUCUGCGUCUGACUGAAGAGUUUCGCCAACUUCCCAAGGAACACAGAGGCGGGGUGGACAGCUUGAGAAUAGAAAUGGCAAGCUUUUCUCUUCACCACUAUUCACUCUUCUCCUAG